ACUUUGAUUACUACUUGCCCUCUGGUGUUAAAAUAUCCCUAAAUAGCCGUGUGAUGGCUCUGAAACGAUCCUUCCCCAGAACCAGCUACAGAAUGAAGCCGGGCGUUGUAGCUCCGCGUAAGGAAGCCGACAAAUGCAGUUCAAGAAGCAGAGGAUAGCGCUGUGAGUUAUUCCGGGGUACGCCAGAGGCGAUUUUCUCACAGGAAUUCGGUUACAAGAUGAGGUUCAUCUGAGAAAGGCCGGAUGCUGCUGUGUUUGGGAAAGCAAGAGUGAAAACCAGGAGCUGAAGCCAAGGAGAAGGGUCAGGGCAGGGACAGGAGCACAGAGCAGAGGUCAGGUAACGGAGGUGCCAACAGAAGGCUGAAUGUAACUUACAGCAAUCCUUUUCUGCAGCCAAAAGUACUUACUUUCUAAACACAAGUGUGAGAUUUGGUGAUAUCCUGCAUGACAGACAUGUAUUUAAUAGCCUCCUUGACAGUGAGCUGUGGCCUACAGUGGUUACCUUAAAAUAAUAAUGACUUAAGUUUUAUUUUUUUUUUCCAAGGUAGAAAUUUCAAUGAAAUAAGUCAGCUGAAAGGGGGGUAAGUGAGGAAUCACGUGCUGUUUCACUGCAUACGAUUUUAAGGUGCGUUGGUUUGCUACAGAUGUCCUUGAGAAACACUGAAAGACCAAGAGCUGUAGAGUAUCCUGCAAGAGUGCAGAGAGCCUCUUAUAUCAGGCAGCUCGGCGAGGUCUGAGCAAAAUCUGCUUGCAGUUCAGACUCAGAAGCCUGCCUCUGGAGGAGCAGGGCUCUAGGAUUUGCCUCAUAAUUGACUUCUGCACUGCACAAGUACAGGGAGUGUUGUGCGAGUCUGCAAGACUAAGCUCUGACAGAUAUGUAAGGUUCCUACGGCUAAAAGGUAAUAAUACAGUUAAUACAAUUAUAUAUUGUUCCUUGACACCUGAGGAAGACUCUGCAAUACACGCGAACACGGAAAAGAAGCUGGUUUCAGAAGAGCUGAUCCAACUCUGCCAGGAAUGUUUGUCAUUGUCAUAACUACCCUAACCACCAGGGGUCACUGCUGGACACGAAAUCCGUACUGUUAUCUGUGAAAUGCGAGUAUUCUACAGAUAUUCACUGAGGAAUUUAUAUGAUAUUAAUUAUUGUGUCAAUGUGCUAAGCACACUGAACGCUAACAAUCCUAGAUAUUAACACUUUUUUUUGUCAUGCAGGCAUUUAUAUGUUGCUGUCUAGUUCAUACUGUAUAUUACAUGAUAGAAGAAAAGAUUGUGAGAUUGGAGUUUUAAACUGGGAUCUCAUCUCACAGGAUCACAGGAAGGAAGGGGAAUGGUGGAGUGGAUUGAUAAGUUGGUCAUCUUACUCUGACAACACACAUGAAAGACCAUUUCAUGCUGCAAAAGACUGCAAGCAAUUGGAGACCCUUCUUCCUAAUAAUCUUGGGUACAGCUAUUGACCUACUCCAAAUACUAUUUUCUAUCCCUGGAAUGAAGUUUUGCCACAACUGUAAGACCUAUGCUGUUGCUGAUGAAGAUUUUGUUACCGCUUUGUUGGUGUGCUUGCUGCUAAACUGAUAGCAUUGUUGCUAGGAAUUCCAGGCUCCUGGACAGAAUGCCUAGAGAAAAUUAUUUGAUAAAGGACAACAAAUUGAGUCAACAGCAGCUGUAAGAUUGGAACUCCAAGUUCUCGCUUCCCGGUUUUGUUCUGAAUCAUGAAUUAUCUUGUAGGAGCUAAAAGGAAGGAGGCAUGUGGUGACCCCAAAGCCAAACCAUCCUAUCUUAUUGACAAAAACCUGGAAUCUGCCGUCAAAUUCAUAGUCAGGAAGUUUCCAGCAGUAGAAACACGCAACAACAAUCAACAGCUUGCUCAGCUACAGAAAGAAAAGUCAGAGAUCUUGAAGAACCUGGCAUUGUACUACUUCACGUUUGUUGAUGUUAUGGAAUUUAAGGACCAUGUUUGUGAGCUGCUGAACACUAUUGAUGUUUGCCAAGUCUUCUUUGAUAUUACUGUAAACUUUGAUUUGACAAAGAACUACCUAGAUUUGAUUAUAACCUACACUACACUAAUGAUACUGCUGUCUCGAAUUGAAGAAAGGAAGGCUAUCAUUGGAUUGUAUAACUAUGCUCAUGAAAUGACACAUGGAGCAAGUGACAGAGAAUAUCCACGUCUUGGCCAGAUGAUUGUGGAUUAUGAAAAUCCUUUAAAGAAAAUGAUGGAGGAAUUUGUACCUCACAGUAAAUCCCUUUCAGAUGCUCUGAUUUCACUCCAGAUGGUCUAUCCUCGAAGAAAUCUCUCAGCUGACCAGUGGAGAAACGCACAACUACUGAGCCUCAUCAGUGCACCCAGUACAAUGCUUAAUCCUGCACAGUCUGACACAAUGCCAUGUGAAUACCUCUCUCUGGAUGCAAUGGAAAAAUGGAUUAUUUUUGGAUUUAUUUUGUGCCAUGGAGUCCUAAAUAGUGACGCGACAGCUUUGAACCUUUGGAAACUUGCACUUCAAAGCAGCUCUUGCUUGGCUCUGUUUAGAGAUGAAGUAUUCCAUAUUCACAAAGCUGCAGAAGACUUAUUUGUAAACAUACGAGGCUACAACAAGCGUAUUAAUGACAUCAGAGAGUGUAAAGAAGCUGCUGUUUCACAUGCCGGUUCGAUGCACAGAGAGAGACGCAAGUUUUUACGUUCUGCACUCAAAGAACUGGCUACAGUCCUGUCUGAUCAGCCAGGCCUGCUGGGCCCCAAGGCACUUUUUGUGUUUAUGGCAUUAUCCUUCGCUCGUGAUGAAAUUAUUUGGCUUCUUCGUCACGCAGAUAACAUGCCAAAGAAGAGUGCAGAUGAUUUCAUAGAUAAGCACAUAGCUGAGCUGAUAUUCUACAUGGAGGAGCUCAGAGCGCAUGUGCGAAAAUACGGACCUGUGAUGCAGAGAUACUACGUGCAGUAUCUCUCUGGCUUUGAUGCAGUGGUCUUGAAUGAGCUUGUUCAGAAUCUUUCAGUGUGCCCAGAGGAUGAAUCAAUCAUCAUGUCCUCUUUUGUAAACACUAUGACUUCGUUAAGUGUGAAGCAAGUUGAAGAUGGAGAGGUAUUUGACUUCAGGGGAAUGAGAUUAGAUUGGUUUAGAUUGCAGGCCUACACCAGUGUCUCUAAAGCUUCUCUGGGACUGGCAGACCACAGGGAACUAGGCAAAAUGAUGAAUACAAUCAUUUUCCACACAAAAAUGGUAGAUUCUUUAGUGGAGAUGUUGGUUGAAACCUCAGAUCUCUCUAUAUUUUGUUUUUAUAGCCGUGCUUUUGAGAAGAUGUUUCAGCAGUGUUUGGAGCUUCCCUCUCAAUCGAGAUACUCAAUUGCAUUCCCACUACUUUGUACUCAUUUUAUGAGCUGCACCCACGAACUGUGCCCAGAAGAGCGACAUCACAUUGGAGAUCGUAGCCUUUCCUUAUGUAACAUGUUUCUGGAUGAAAUGGCUAAGCAAGCUCGAAAUCUUAUCACAGAUAUUUGCACAGAACAAUGUACGCUGAGUGAUCAGUUGCUGCCAAAGCAUUGUGCCAAAACCAUCAGUCAAGCAGUGAACAAAAAAUCGAAAAAACAGACGGGAAAGAAAGGAGAACCUGAAAGGGAGAAACCAGGAGUAGAAAGCAUGAGAAAAAACAGAUUGGUUGUGACAAACCUGGACAAACUGCACACUGCACUUUCUGAGCUCUGCUUCUCAAUCAAUUACGUUCCAAACAUGGUGGUUUGGGAGCACACGUUUACCCCAAGAGAAUAUUUAACGUCUCACCUGGAAAUCCGCUUUACCAAGUCAAUCGUUGGAAUGACUAUGUAUAAUCAAGCAACACAGGAGAUUGCAAAGCCUUCAGAACUGUUAACCAGUGUAAGAGCCUAUAUGACGGUCCUCCAGUCAAUAGAAAACUAUGUACAGAUUGACAUUACACGAGUAUUUAACAAUGUUCUGCUUCAGCAAACCCAGCAUUUAGAUAGUCAUGGUGAGCCAACCAUUACCAGUCUGUACACAAAUUGGUAUUUGGAAACAUUGCUAAGGCAAGUCAGCAAUGGUCACAUAGCCUAUUUUCCAGCUAUGAAGGCAUUUGUGAAUUUGCCAACAGAAAAUGAAUUAACAUUUAAUGCUGAGGAAUACUCUGACAUAUCAGAAAUGAGAGCCCUGUCUGAACUCCUGGGACCAUAUGGCAUGAAGUUCCUAAGUGAAAGUCUGAUGUGGCACAUUUCUUCCCAGGUUGCUGAGCUUAAGAAACUUGUGGUGGAGAACGUUGAAGUUCUGACACAAAUGAGGACCAGCUUCGACAAGCCAGACCAGAUGGCAGCACUCUUCAAAAGAUUAUCAUCUGUUGACAGUGUUUUGAAGAGAAUGACAAUUAUCGGCGUCAUCUUGUCUUUUCGGUCUUUGGCACAGGAGGCUCUUAGAGAUGUCUUAUCCUACCACAUUCCUUUCCUUGUAAGUUCCAUUGAGGACUUCAAAGAUCACAUUCCAAGAGAGACUGACAUGAAGGUGGCAAUGAAUGUAUAUGAACUGUCAUCAGCUGCUGGAUUGCCUUGCGAGAUUGAUCCUGCCUUGGUUGUAGCACUGUCCUCCCAAAAAUCAGAAAACAUUAGUCCAGAAGAAGAAUACAAAAUUGCUUGCCUUCUCAUGGUCUUCGUGGCAGUCUCCUUGCCGACUUUGGCUAGUAAUGUGAUGUCUCAGUAUAGCCCUGCCAUUGAAGGGCAUUGCAACAACAUUCAUUGCUUGGCAAAAGCUAUCAACCAGAUUGCUGCAGCUUUAUUUACCAUCCACAAGGGAAGCAUCGAAGACCGUCUAAAAGAAUUUUUGGCUCUUGCAUCAUCUAGUCUACUGAAGAUCGGCCAGGAGACAGACAAAACUACUACAAGAAACAGAGAGUCUGUUUACCUACUACUGGACAUGAUUGUGCAGGAGUCCCCAUUCCUGACGAUGGAUCUCCUGGAAUCUUGUUUCCCUUACGUCUUGCUGAGAAAUGCGUACCAUGCUGUCUACAAACAAAGCAUCACAUCCUCUGCCUAAGUAUCUACUUCCUGGAGAUAAGACAUAGCACGCAUCUAUGUGGCCUCAGUUUUACCUGUCAACUGUGGAGCUAUUUUACUUUAUGGCCUGAUGAACAGUUUUGUGGAUUAUAAACUUUUUCCAUAAAGUUGUAUUUCUGAUCAGUGGUUUCUUAAUAUGGUUGUACUACAAUAUCGGCUUGGUUGAUUUUAGGUUGCACAUUCAUGGAAAAUCUUUUUUUCUCCUUUCUUCCUUUUUUUUAAUUUUAGAGCAUCAGUUACGUUUAAAAAUAUACUACUUCUGCUAUAUGUUUUUGAUAUUGAUCACGCAGAACAGAAAUUGCUUGUUUAUUUCCCAGAAGAGAAAUGUAUUUAGUGAUUAUUUUAGUGUAGCUUUCAUCUGUGUGUAAAUUAUUUCAUAUAGGGAGAGUUAUAAUCUUGUACCUAUUGUUCUUAUUGAAAACAAAUAUUGGAUGUGCAUUUCUGUGAAGUAAUUACAGCAUUUCUAGUUUUAUUUUGAAACAUUCACCAAUCUAUGUACUAUGACACUAUCUAACAUUAAAAAUGUUAUCCUUCAGACAGCGAUCCUUUCCCGAUACUCUUAAACAACAGCAAGUGGUGUUGUUUGUAUAAAGCAUAGUGGAAAUUUUUUUUUAAACUAACUUCUGUGGUGCCCUGUUGGCAUUAACACUACCAUUGUACCCUGCUGUAUAAUAAACAUUCUUACACAUUUAUCACAUGUUGAUAAAAUGUUAGCCCUUAACCACUUUUUAUAUGUUUUAAAUUUUUGAAAUUCAAGUGUACCUUCCAUAACAUACAAUAAACACUAGACUGUACUAUCUGUAGGUGAAUUAUUUUUAAUAUAAAUGUUAUCCUAGUAUUUUAAGCUUAAACUGUGCCGUGGUGCAUUGAUUUACAUCUCAGAGUUCAUUAAAUAUCAAUCCUUAGAGCUUUUAUGUGAAGAUUUCUUUCUGUCAUCCACCUUUUGGCUUACGUGACAGUGAUUCUUGUAAAAAGUGGAAGAAGGAAUUAAAGCCAGUGUAAAAAGUGUCAGCUUACUGCCAUUAGCCUUUAAAUCUAACUUGGAGAUAAUAAAAUGAGAAAAGCAUUUAUAGAGUGCACAGUGGCGCCAGUUAUGCCAGUGGGGAGAAGUUAGAAUGUAAAACUUGAAAUAACUGUAGAACAGGAGAACCAUAACAUCAGACAUCACUGAGACAGAUGUGUAAUGAGCCUCCUUUUAUCAGUGGUGCUCGUUGGCAUGCAGGAGAGCACUGGCUCACUUUGCCUGAAAGCUGACCAGAUGGUUGUGCUCUGUAAUCCGCGGCGUGGAAAGAGAUGUGGUGCUCUGGACAUUGUAUGAAGCUCUUGUUCUUCAUGCACACUGCGCACACUGGUAACUUUUUUUUAUUAUGAAAGAGCUGUUUUGUGCUCCUUUACAAUAGCUUCCUGUGUCCAGAGGAAAAAGAAGGUACUGCAGUAUUUCCUUAGGACAAUUUUAUUCCAGUACAUCUGUAUUUUUCCCAAUGUUGCUUUUUGUGUUAGAACUACAGAACUGUUCUUAAGCUGAUAGUUUAGUAACAUAACACAUAAACUUGUUCAUGAAGAAGUCAGGUCACAUGUGAGAC